AACAUUUCAAAAGUCUUCUCUCCCUCUCUAAAAGUAAUUAAGAGCAAAUCUGAAAUCUGAAGUCUCAUCUAAGAUUCCGUUAGUAGAAAGAAACUAGGGGGGAUGGAGUUGUGUAGACUUGUUUUGUUGUUUUUGACGGUAACGGCUACAGUAGAAGCGAUAUGGAUGGAAGUGCCAACUUCAGGGACCAAAUGUGUGUCGGAAGAUAUUCAUAAUAACGUCGUCGUAUUGGCUGAUUAUACUGUAAUCGGUGACGAAGAGCACUCUCAAGCUAAUGUUGUCCCUACCAUCUCCGUCAAGGUCACAUCACCGUUUGGAAACAAUCUUUACCAUAAAGAGAAUACAACUCAUGGUCAAUUUGCCUUCACAACCACUGAGGCUGGUAACUACUUGGCAUGCUUCUGGAUGGACAACCAUGCCCCUAGGGCUAAAGCUGUUUCCAUUGGUCUUGACUGGAAGACAGGAAUCAGUGCUAAGGAUUGGGAAUCAGUUGCAAGGAAGGAAAAGAUAGAAGGUGUUGAACUUGAGUUGGUGAAACUUGAGGGAAUAGUGCAAGCCAUUCAUGAAAAUUUGGAGUACCUGAAGAAUAGGGAAGCAGAAAUGAGGGAAGUUAGUGAACACACCAAUGCGAGAGUGGCAUGGUUAAGUAUAAUGUCCCUUGGUACAUGCUUAGCAGCUGCAGGCCUGCAAAUAUGCUAUCUGAAGUCCUACUUUCGCAAGAAAAAGCUCAUUUAGAUUUGACAAAUUUGGCAACUUCUUCCAUCAUGCGAUACUACAGUAACUUACAGAAUAUAUCAACGACAGAGUCUUUCCCUUCGGCCAUAACAUCUAAAUUAUUUCUUCUCUUCACUUGUAUUCAAUUUUUGCUUCUGCUAUGGACUAGACUUUUUGAUCUACAGUGAACCAAAAGCCGGAUAUCAUA